AUGAAUCCGAUGAGUGGUGUGAAUAUCACCCAUUCGCCAUAUGCUUGCAUCGCUUGCCGGAAUUCGAAGAGGCGCUGCGACAAAACUUACCCCAGAUGUACACUUUGCACGCAGAGGCAGAUCCUGUGUGAUUACCCUUAUCGCCGUAAAGAGCGAACGCGCCAGAUGGCAAAUCCUGAGGGAGAUGAAUCGAUGCCUGUUGGAUCCAAUACGCCUUUGUUUCAUACGCCAACCGAGAGAUUAAGGCCAGGGCGCAAUGGCAUCUCGGAUCCCAACAUCUCGGAUAUUCUUGCAUCACGCUUUCUGGACCCCGACUUUUUCUAUCAUCUACAAUUAGAAACUCCCAAAGUGGAUAUAGCGAUACCAAAAAUGGUUGCUGACUAUGUUGGUACCAUAGCCGACAUUCAGAACAUCUCCAAUACCUAUUUCGAUUCCAUUCACACGUGGAUGCCAAUUUUGUCAAAGAAACAAUUCUCCUCAAAUCUGCCUAACUAUCUCACCCAUAGAAAGUCCGAGCUCUGCCUGCUUGUCAUAUGCAUGAAACUAAGCUCUUCUCUUACCACCACGGCAAAAACAGUGCUAUAUCGAACAGCAAAACAAUUUUAUUUUGAAAUGGAGUCGUCGGGAAUACUAUCGGUUACAGUUUUGCAAGCCGGUGUACUUAUUGCGAUUUACGAACUCGGGCAUGCCAUAUAUCCGGCUGCUUUUUUAUCUGUGGGACAAUGUGCUAGGUAUGCGGCGGCACUCGAGAUCGAAAAAAGUAUCACUUCGCAAAUAUUGGACAAGCUCCCAUGGAAUGAAGUAGAAGAACAACGCCGAGUGUGGUGGUCUAUUAUAAUCUUAGACCGGACAAGAUACCUCAAUCUCUGCAAUCCUGGUCGGCAUCUCAUCACUCCAGAUCCAUCACCAGAUAGCUAUCUUCCCGCUGAUGACCAAGAGUGGGACACAGGAUCAUCACGACCAGAAAGCUCCUUGACAAUCGGCUCAUCGUCGGGCUCAUAUAUGGGUCGUUUCGCUCGGUUUGCGCAAACCGCUCAUUUAUUAAGUCAAGCGUUAUAUACUGUCGCAAAGGAACCUGAUACUGAAACCACUCAAUUACGGCGCACUCUUAUGGCACUCGUCAACCUCUCAUUUAUGGAGGGCACAAUGAGACACGGCAUACUUCUACUGGACUAUCCUGGCGUAUUGCUAGACGGAAAAAAUCCCAUUAUGGAGCCUCUGUCGGUAGAAGCUGAAUCUUCUCUCAACGCCGCAAUAGAGUGGAUAUCAAACUUCCUGACAGAAAUGGGUGGACAAAAAUGCGAACGAGUAUCUCCUUUCUUAUUACAUUUUCUUUAUAAAGCAACUUGCGUUUAUGCAAAGCUGCAACGCUCGACAUCGCAAAAAUCCGUCAGCGAGAGAAUAUCCAUAUUGAAGAAUACCUUGCGUCUUCUUAACCAUCGAUGGCUAGCAGCUGGUGCAUAUAUGUCACUUCUUGAAAAGCAGGAGAUAAUGCUUUUGGUACAAAACAGCUAA